AUGGAAGCUAGAAACCACACAGCUGUUUCAGAAUUCCUUCUCCUGGGACUGACAGAUGACCCAGCCCUGCAGCCCCUUCUCUUCAGCCUGUUCCUGUCCAUGUACCUGGUCACCAUCCUGGGGAACCUGCUCAUCAUCCUGGCCGUCAACUCUGACUCCCACCUCCACACCCCCAUGUACUUCUUCCUCUGCAGCCUGUCUAUUAAUGACAUCUCCUUAAGCACAACCAUCACCCCCAAGAUGUUGGUGAACAUCCUGAGACAGGAUCAAAGCAUCACUUACAUGGGAUGCCUCUCUCAGGUCUGCUUUGUAUUAGUGUUUGUCGGUAUGGAGAAUUGUCUCCUUGCAGUGAUGGCCUAUGACCGCUAUGUGGCCAUCUGCAAUCCCCUGAGGUACACAGUCAUCAUGAACCCCUGCCUGUGUGUCCUGCUUUUGUUGUUUUCCUUAUUCCUCAGCACUGUGGAUGCCCUGCUGCACAGUCUGAUGAUCCUACGGCUGUCCUUCUGCACAGACUUAAAGAUCCCCCACUUCUUCUGUGAACUUGCUCCUAUCAUCAAGCUGGCCUGUUCUGAUACCUUCAUUGAGAACAUCUUGAUUUAUAUUUCAUUUUGCAUCUUUGCUGGUGUUCCUCUCUCUGGGAUCAUUUUCUCUUACAUUUACAUUGUGUCCUCUGUCUUGAAGAUGCCAUCAUCAGAAGGAAAGCACAAAGCCUUUUCCACCUGUGGGUCUCACCUGUGUGUUGUCUCCUUGUUCUAUGGGACAGGAUUUGGGGUGUACGUUAGCUCUUCAUUAACUGAUUCACCCAGGAAUUCUGCUGUGGCUUCAGUGAUGUACACUCUGGUCCCUCAGAUGCUGAACCCCUUUAUCUACAGCCUGAGGAACAGGGACAUGAAGGAGGCCUUCAGAAAACUCCUUUGA